AUGGCAUCGUCGCCGACGGGGAUAACUCCUCGCCUUGUUGUGUACUACCAGACUACCCACGACUCCAACGGUAACCAUAUCUCAAUAUUGCCCUUAAUCACAAAACCUGACAUAUCGAUUACACACCUAAUCGUGGCCGCGAUUCACAUCAACGAAGAUCCAAAUGGCUUAACACUCAAUGACCACCCCCCCUCAGACCCGCGAUUCAUUACCAUGUGGGCAGAGAUGCGCAUUGCUCAAGCUAGCGAUAUCAAGGUUCUUGGUAUGUUAGGCGGAGCGGCUAAGGGUUCUUAUAGUCGACUAGACCAAGAUCAGAAGACCUUUGAGAAGUACUAUGGUCCUCUCUACGAUCUUAUCCGAGAAAGAGAUCUCAACGGUCUUGACUUAGAUGUUGAAGAGCAAAUGUCGCUAGGAGGCAUCGUGCGCCUUAUCGAUAGACUCAGAGCGGACUUCGGUCCUGACUUCAUCAUCACUCUUGCGCCGGUCGCAGCAGCUCUCCUUGAUCCAAGACGUAAUCUUAGCGGCUUCGACUAUGAGGCCCUGGAAGUUAUGCGCGGCAAGCAAAUUGCUUGGUAUAACGCUCAGUUCUAUUGCGGAUGGGGCGACGCUAGCACUCCCGUGAUGUAUGAAAUGUGCAUCGCAAGGGGCUGGCCGCCGGAAAAAGUUGUCGUUGGUCUUGUGACGACGCCAGAUAACGGACCCGGCUGGGUACCUUUCGAAGUUUUAGGACCGACGCUGGCAGUCCUGCGUCAUCAGUUCUCUAAAUUUGGAGGUGUUAUGGGAUGGGAGUACUUCAAUGGACUGCCAGGGGGCAAAGUGCGACCUUGGGAAUGGGCGCAGCGCAUAACGAAGCUGUUAGGUGGCACUCGGGUUCGGCAUACAGAAAAUACCAACGUGAAAAAGGCUCAGGGUAGAGGGGUUAUCGAAGUAGAUCCGGAUGCUGGUAAUGGUCCAGGUCCAAAAAUUCCUCAAAGUUUCGAGUAUUACUCUGAUGGCUUGGACGAGGAUGCCAACUAA